CAUCAUCUAGCCUGAGCGUGCUUUCAUUUCACCACCGAAGAAGAGCGCAGAGCUUCUGGCUUCCUGUAUCAGUUUGUGUUCGGUUCUUUGGUUGGUUCUCUGCUGUGUUUCACUGCAGGUCUCUGAGAGACAGGUUACACUGAGGGGAGAUGCCUGAUGUCUGGCAGGAAGCCAUGGACCACGCUGUGGCUGUGGCCAGAAAAGCAGGAGAGAUCGUACGUGCGGCUCUGCAGAAUGAGAGGAAGGUCAUGUGUAAAAGCACGUCGGUGGACCUGGUGACUCAAACCGACCAGAAAGUGGAGCAGCUCAUCAUCACGUCAGUCAAGGAGAAGUUUCCGACGCACAGUUUUAUCGGUGAGGAGUCUGUAGCUGAUGGUCAGCCCUGCGUCCUGUCAGAAAACCCCACGUGGAUCAUCGACCCGAUUGACGGCACCACAAACUUCGUCCACGGAUUUCCCUUCAUCGCUGUGUGCAUCGGGUUUGCAGUGGAGAAGACGUUAGAGUUUGGAGUGGUGUACAGCUGUAUAGAGGAUAAGAUGUACACGGCGCGCAGAGGGAAAGGAGCCUUCUGUAACGGAGAACCUCUACAAGUCUCCACUCAGAAAGAGAUUAAUCAGUCCAUCAUCGCCACGGAGUUCGGCUCAAACCGAGAUCCUGAAGCCGUCGACAAGAUCUUCUCCAACAUGAGGAAGAUCCUGUGUUUGCCAGUGCAUGGGAUACGUGGUGCAGGUUCUGCUGCGUUGAACAUGUGUCUGGUGGCGAGCGGUUGCGUGGAGGCGUAUUAUGAGAUCGGGAUCCACUGCUGGGACAUAGCGGCCGCCGCGGUCAUCGUGGAGGAGGCAGGAGGCGUUCUCAUGGACUUAGAGGGUGGACCGAUGGACCUGAUGUCCAGAAGAGUCGUUGCAGCGAAUAACCAAACGAUCGCUGAGAGAGUUAUUAAAGAGCUCGAGACGUUUCCUGCUGUCCGGGACGACGCCCUUUUAGACACUAAAUAAUAAUAAUGAUGAGGUUAUGUUUAAUUAUGAUGUUUUUUUUAAAUUUCCUUUAAGAAUUUGUCCUGUUUUUACAUUCAGUCUUAAAACGGUCACAGAAGUGAUUGUUAUAAAGCCGGUUAAGGGUGGUGUAUCUCCAUAUCACUGUAAGGCUAAAACAUCAAGUGCUACGGUGAAAUCAUAAAUGUUGGCACCUGUGAUAUUUGAUUUUUGUUAUAACGGUGUUUAUUUUGCAUAGACGGACUUUAUCAGAACUCCAAUCUACUUAGUUUUUGUUAUAUAUUUGUUCCAUCAUGUUAUAAACACUUUAUAUGAGAUAGGAACAUAUACUGAAAAUUGAAACAUACAGAAGACGUGAUAGAAAAAUAUUUUAUUAUCCCAGUUAUUCACAAUGCCACGUGUGUGUGUGUGUUUAAUGCUCACUUCACAAUCAGUAAAACCGCACUCCUGUGCUCUUUCAAUCCCAA